GUCUGGCGGCCGCCGGCGGGCACAUGGGCAGGAGGGCGGAGUCCGCGGCCUGACAUCACUGCACCGCCUCACCGCUACCGGACGGCUCCGCUUGCCCUCCCGCCGCCCGCCGCCGCCGCGCAGAGGAUGUCUGGAGGAGACAUGGCAAAACCCCUCCUGGGCCACCAGAGCAUGGAGGGUGACCCCAGCAUCAAGCCUGCAGCUGGCCGCACCAUCGGGGUGCUGGGGAGCGGGGACUUCGCCCGGUCAUUGGCCAUCCGCCUGGUGUGCUCCGGGUUAAAGGUGGUGGUCGGCAGCCGCAACCCGAAGCGCAAAGCCGGCCUCUUCCCUUCUGCAGCAGAAGUCACCUUCCAGGCUGAGGCAGUGAAGAAGACAGAUGUCAUUUUUGUGGCGGUUUUCAGGGAACACUACUCCACCCUCUGUGACCUGGCUGAUCUGCUGGCGGGCAAGAUCCUGGUGGACGUUAGUAACAACUCCGAGUUCAACCAUCACAAAGAAUCCAACGCCGAGUACUUGGCUUCCCUGUUCCCAGCUUGCACUGUGGUCAAGGGGUUUAAUGUGGUUUCUGCGUGGACACUGCAGUCAGGUGCCAGGGAUGGAAAUAAGCAGGUUCUGAUUUGCUCAAAUAACCAAGAAGCCAAGCGCACUGUGGCAGAAAUUGCUCAAACCAUGGGAUUCACCCCUGUGGACAUGGGCUGCAUAUCAUCAGCUCGUGAGAUCGAGAACAUUCCCCUGCGCCUCUUGCCGGCCUGGAAAAUCCCCAUCUUUUUAGCUUUGGGGCUCUUUCUUUGCUUCUUCACUUACAACCUGAUCCGGCAGGUCAUCCACCCUUACAUCAGGGAGCAGAAGAACAAGUUAUACAAGAUCCCAAUUGAGGUGGUCAACACAACACUGCCUUGUGUGGCCUAUGUCAUGCUGUCUCUCGUCUACCUGCCCGGGGUGCUGGCAGCCUGCUCGCAGCUCUACUACGGCACCAAAUACAGGCGUUUUCCAGAUUGGCUCGACCAGUGGCUCCAGCACCGAAAGCAGAUUGGGCUCCUCAGCUUCUUCUGUGCGGCUUUGCACGCCGUGUACAGCCUCUGUCUGCCCAUGCGCCGCUCCCACCGCUACCAGCUAAUCGAGACAGCUGUCAAGCAGGCUGUGGAGAAGAAGAUGAAUAUCUGGGUAGAGGAGGAAGUCUGGAGGAUGGAGAUUUAUAUCUCUGUUGGAAUAAUUGCCCUGGGCUUGCUGUCGUUACUUGCCAUCACUUCACUUCCAUCCAUCGCAAACUCUCUCAACUGGAGGGAAUUCAGUUUCAUUCAGUCCACCCUUGGAUUUAUUGCUUUGGUAAUCAGCACACUGCACACGCUGACGUAUGGAUGGUCGCGGGCUUUCGAUGAGAACCAGUACAAAUUCUACCUGCCCCCAACCUACACCCUCACGCUGCUCGUCCCAUGUACUGUCAUCCUCGCCAAAGUCAUCUUCAGCUUGCCCUGCAUCCAGCACAGACUGCUGCGAAUCAGGAGGGGCUGGGAGAAGGGGCGAUACGUGAAGUUUGUUCUGCCCAGCACAACGGAGGAAUAUUCAAGUGGGGAGACCUCUAGCAAUGUCUAACAGAGCCCCUGCUGUGACAGAGGAUUUCAGAGCACUAUCAAUAUUUCUAUAAAGGUGUUUCUUUUUCUUAAAUAUAUGUAUGUUUUGGUAUAAUUGUAUUGUGGGUAAAUAAUAAAAUCUGGCGACUUUAGAAAAUGGAUGAUCAUGAAACUAGUUUAGACAGCAGUAGUUAAAUUAUAUUGCUGAUUUGCUAGGACGAUUAUUGCCUUAAAAAUGACUGUGAAAGCCAAGCUAGCAGCACUGAUAUACAUGGGAAAACAAUGGACUCUGUUAGUCAGAGCAGUCACUUGAGGUCCUGGCUGGCAGCUCCCCAGACCACUGUUUCUUGGUUGCUUCCCUAGCUGCUCUCAUAAUUUUUUCAUUUGAAGUAGCACAGAUUUUCUGGGUUCUUUUGUGACAGCAAAGAUAUCCUGCCUCUUCAGUGUCUGGAUCAAUCACGGCAGUGAGGUUUAGAAAGGCGAAGUGUCGCUGGUUUUGGUCUCCUCAUUGAACUCUAUGGACAAGUAAGAACAGUAAUAUCCAUGUUAUGCAGCAUCUGCAGGUUCUACUAAAAGCAUCCAAACCUGAUAGCAAGUCCAAGUAUCCCUGUUCUCUCACAUACAAACAGCACUUCUGGUCCUGUAAGCCAUGCCUGCUGUGCAUUUAUAAACUAUGGAAAUAAAGCACAUUUUCCAGCAGCAUAAGGGCAUUUGAAGAGAGAGAUGUCCCUGUCACACGUCUGGUCUGCACUGCUGGCUCUGAGAUGACAGCCGCUGCUGCUGCACGUUCUCGGUUUUACUAAGCCAAAGUUUCAACCAGGAUUUGAUGGAAAUAGAGUGAAGAUAAUUAUCGGAAAGACCCACUGCUUCACAAAAUUGCAUGAAGAAAACCAAAGCCUUCCAGCUGGUGUUACAUCAAAUAGCAGGGUGAAGUUUGUAGAAAUCGCUGUCACCUGAACAUGCCCAGUUACGCAGACAAAACAGCAGCUCUAAACCCAUUGGUUUCACUCACAGCAAUAUGAAUGGUCUUACAAAGGGAACAGCAAGUCUUGACCACAACAUGAAAAUACAGCAGUCAUAAAUGUUGGGCACAGCCCUUCAUUGCUUUGCACCUCAAAAAGUCACAAAAGAUCACAAAGCAGGUUAUCAAAUGCUCUUCUGAAUUCACAGCCACUUUGGACAAGGUACAGGGCAAUGAUGAUUUCUGUCCUAAUUUAAUUUUCCACAUGUCAUUUUCUAUCCCUUCAAGCCCUUGAUCAGAAUAAUUCUUUAGGUUUCGGACAUCCAAAUGACCAGAGAAUGAACAGCCUUUCUCAAAAGCUCAGUUGGGAUGACACAAGAAGACUACCUCAGUAAGGUCAGGUACAAGGCCAUGGCUAGAAUAGCCUCGUUUUCCUACAGUUAGGUAAAAGACACCACUCAGUCUUGCUUUGAGAAACAACACCUGUCAGCAUCAAAUGAGGUACAGUUUGUGGGACGAGAAAGUACUUGCUAUUAGACCAAUUAAUAUAAAGGGGCGGGGGGGAGAAUGAUCAACUUUGGGGUGCAUAAGCCCUUCUAAAAGCCACUAUUGCUUCUGUAACCUGGAUGAUUUCUACACAGAGAAUCUAAAGAAUUCCCUGUUUAGCCUCAAGUAACUACAAUGAGUAAUGUUCUCCAAAUAUUGCUCACAGUGCCAGUAAUGCUAUUGAGGGAUUUCAGUUCUUGCCUAAGGCUUACAGGAAAGUCUCCAAACUCCACUUCUUUUGACUGAAUGGAAAGAAGUCAGCAUGAGGGAAAUGCCUGGAUUUCAUCAGCAGCUGAUUUUUUUGUUUUGUAUUUUUUUGGGAACACAGGGAAGGUACCAUUCUAUCCCACUGUCCCCCUCAGAAAGCUGUGGUUAUUCAGGUUUCCCCAUCCACCUCCACAACCCAGCCCACACUGGCACCUGAUCACGUCACUCACCCAGCACUACUUAUUUGUGGUUGAAUGGUAGGUUAAGAUACCACCUGCACUUGAGGCAGUUUCACUUGAGUAUAAUUCCACCUGCUCCAGUUUAACUCAUCCUUGAGGGAAAACUGGCAUCAGCAAGUUUGUUCUUUUAGCCUUCUCUUCUGUCUCAUCAUCAAGCAAAGUCAUUAUAAAAGCACCAGUUUACACCAUUUCUGGUUACAAUAGUGUAUUCUAAUGCCACUUUUUCCCACCUAAGCUUCUUUUAAUGUCUUUAGGUCAGGCAAGACUUCUGCUUGGUGGUAAAAAAGAAGAAAACAAAAUAUUAUGAGGCAGGGAAAGAACAUUACACAGGUUUACAGGCUUUGUCUUCAAGGGCAGAGGUGCAAGUUUUACUGUGACUGGCUUUUCUGCCCAGCAGAAGCAAGGUUUGCGCCAUGGCUUUGUUCACGACUUUCAUGCCCACAUACCCUUUCCCACCCAUGGCAAAGGGACAGUUUUCAUGAGCAGAAUCAGGCACCUGGACCUACCCGAGGAGCUGGCUCCGUUACUGAGUCAGCACGCUGCUUUUCAGAUGGACACAAGCCCAGAUGGACAGACGAGCCAGCUCGAAACCCCCGCAGCUACCGCAGCUCCACAGCACCUCAAAAGAGGCUGGUCAAGUGUCUCCCGGUUAGUUCCUGUGCCAACAUCCUGACCAGCCAGGCACCAUCCCUUUUAAAGACUGAAAACAAUUCCUAGAAAUGCAAAACAGUGUUUCAAAAGGUGCCCUCUAUAGGCAUCUGGUCCUUUAGCCUUUGACACAACUGUUUGUGUAAUUUCUUCUGAUUCUAGAAUGCUGAAAAGUGAUUUGAGGAAUUUUUCAAUUAUCUUUUUGCUACGAUUUUUUCUUUUAAUGUGGAUGGGGGGUUUAGUGAGGUUAAAAUUUACCAGUUACCUGGUUUUGUACUUGAAGUUUCUCUCUCUGUAUAUAUGUACACACACAUACAUAUAUAAUUGCAGAAUAUAUAGCUGGAAUGUAAAUUCUCUAUAUUUUUAUUUUCUGUAUUGCCUACUAUGUGCCUCUGGGAUACGUAAGAACCAACUGAAAAGCUGUAAGAUAAGGCCAGUUUUAAUCACUGGCAUCUGUAGUUACAGAAAAUAUAUUCUUAACAGGUCUAUAUAUUUACAUCA